AUGGGUCCUGAGAGAAUAGAAAUAGCUACUGUAACAUUAGAGGAGCCUGAACCCAACCCAGAUGCAGUACAAGACGUGGUGUACCCUGUUGUGGGGAGGGCGGUCAGGAGAAUACGCAACUCUCGCUUCUGUGAUGUCCACAUCCUGGGCCAGUGGAACGAGGCACUGGACAAGGCACAGAUUCUUCUCCCAGAGAAUAGACCAUUGUUGACAAAGUUGCAAGAAGAAUUUAUGGAGUCGAGUGAAGAAGAAGCAUUCCUUGUCUUGAAGGGACAACAGCUGUCUCAGUCCCUGUUGCCCAAAGUCCUGUGCCUUACCAACUCCAAUGUCUUAAAGAUGCUCAAACCUUAUCUUAGUGCCGGACUGGGGCCAAAGAUUUUCAGUGUUGACUCUGACCCAGUGGAGAUGUUCCUGGCCCUGAAGGAGGUGACACCUGGUGGAGACGUCUCACCUGUGUCACCUGAGGACAGGACAGGUGUGCUGCAGGACUCCAGGCUACCCAAGCUGGUGCAGAUGACAGGGGUGGAUGUGAUUGUUGCUGACCUGAGGACUGAAGCAGGGGAGUUUGGGCAGGAAGAGAACCUCACGAAGGACAACUUUCUUCUGUUGUGUCUGCUGGCUCUAAAGAGCCUGCCCGCAGGUGGAGUGCUGGUGUGCUGUGUGCACACCGUCCUGACCAGGUUCACUGCAGGGCUGGUCUACAUACUCCACAGCGUCUUCAACAAGGUGAGUUUGUCCCCACUGCAGACAGACAGCCGACCCAGCCAGCUGCUGGUGUGUGCUGGGUACAGGGGCUAUGAACCCACGCUACUGGAGGUUCUACAGGAAGUGAGACAGACCCUGUGUGAGCUGCAGGGGGACAGGGAUGUGUUGGAGGUGGUGCCCAUGCAGCAGCUACUGGGUGAUGGGAGAUUCCAACACUUCCUGAAGGCAGCUAACGAGGCAGUUCUGUACAGGAGCCUAGCAACCGUCGUCAGGUGGGAGAAACAACUUCUACAGAACAGCAGCAUGCAGGGGACUGAGGGUUAAGGGUUAGUCAGUUCUGCCUAGCAACGGUUGUUGGGUGGGAGAAACAUCUUCUACAGAACAGCAGCAUGCAGGGGACUGAGAGUUAAGGGUUAGGCAGUUCUGCCUAGCAACGGUUGUCGGGUGGGAGAAACAACUUCUACAGAACAGCAGCAUGCAGGGGACUGAGGGUUAAGGGUUAGGCAGUUCUGCCUAGCAACGGUUGUUGGGUGGGAGAAACAACUUCUACAGAACAGCAGCAUGCAGGGGACUGAGGGUUAAGGGUUAGGCAGUUCUGUACAGGAGCCUAGCAACGGUUGUCGGGUGGGAGAAACAACUUCAAUCUACAGAACAGCAGCAUGCAAGGGACUGAGGGCUAGGCUUCUCUUGGAGUUCAUUAACGCGACAGCUGGCAUGAAACAAAGGGGUGCUAUCAGCCAGUCAAUUAGGGCCAAUAGGGCAGGAUGCAUAUUCUAAUUUUGAGACAUUUUGUGUAACUGUGACACGCUGUGACACGCUGAUGUAUAUUAGACCUCCAGGUAAUAUGCUACACCAAAUAGCAAUUGCUCAAGCUACUAGAUAUGAUUUUGGAAAUGGUCAGACGUUUCAGAAAACUGCUGUUAUCUUUGCAAGAUCAUAGCCAGUUGCUUGUCUGCCUAUUUGGCAUAUGCGUGACACUGUGUGCUUCUUUCAUUUUACUUGUUAAUGCUAUUGUGGGGUAUAACUGUUGUAAAUUUGUACCUGAAUCAGUCUUCAUUAAGAUUUGUUCGAUAAUAAUUAUAGCUGGCUGUGCAAGGUAUUAGCAUUAUCAGCUGUUAUUAAUGAUGUUUUACCUGUGAGAGUCAAUUCAAAUUGCUGAAUUUAGAUGCUCCUGCAUUCGUUUAUACGCAUUAGAUUUAGUGUGAAUCAUUUUAAUUACAGAAUUGAUAUUUCAAACAUUUUUACUUCUGAAUUGUUAUUUUUCUUAAAAAUAGAUUCAAAGAUUCUAGUGUGGGCAACAUUAUGUAAUUGUUUAAAGUGAAAAAGAUAAUCCAAAGCUGUUGCAAGUGUCAUUUCAGAGUUUUUAUUGACAAUAAACAU